AACUCGAAUGCAUCAAUUAAGUGGCAAUCAAAUUCAGUGCGGUUUUAUUUUUAUAAAAUUUUACUAUAGUAAUAGUAAUCAUACAUACAUAUAUAUAUAUAUACAUAUAUAAUAUAAAUACAGUUUAUUCUCGUUGUUAUGUAAUAUUUAAUCUUUCAAUAAUAAUAAUAAUAGUAAUAGUAGUAUGUGAUAUAUAUUUUUUAUUUACGUUAAUAUACUGUUGUAUAAUUUCUUUCUCACAUCAAUGGCGCUAGGUGUUUUCGAUUAUGUGGUGCUUUUGGUCACGUUACUCAUGUCCGCGGCGAUCGGAGUGUACUAUCGGUUCACGGGCGGCAAACAACAAACGACCCAAGUAAAUAUAAAAAUACCACAUAUUUGUAUGUUAGUUGCGUGGUAAACAUAUUUCAUACCACAAGCAAAAUAUAAAACAUUACCGUCUCACUUACCGUCCCCAAUUUCAAAAUAUAACUAGGACUAAGUAAAUACAUUAUGGAUACUUCGUAAAACGCCACUGUUUAUAGUAAAUCGUAAUGAUUUCAUUUUUACACUGUUAAAACUGUUGAUACACACUGAAAUGCAAUAUUUUGUUUGUUACUCACAUACCACCUAAACGUCAGAAGUUCCACUCGUAUGUGUAAUAAAGCAGUGGUUUUCAAACAUUUUGAUCCCGGCACACUUUGCUUUUCACAAUAGUUUUACGGCACACUGUGACCAAAGCAUACUCUUAGUCAUAGUCAUAAUCAAAAGAGUUACGACUUCAUACUUAACAUGCGGAUUACCGUAACGGGGGAGUUCGUCACAAUUUAUGGAAAAAACCGUGGCUCACCUAGUGAAUGUUCGGGACGCACUAUUGUGCCGCGGCAUCCAGUUUGAAAACCGCUGGGAUAUAUAGAUAGGUAUAUAAUUGUAAAUUAAUCAACAAAAUUAUUGUAUAGGUAUAUAUUAUUAUUUCGACCGAUAUCGAAAUGCUAAAUAAUUCAUAAAAAAAACUUCGAAAAAAUGCAUACGUUUAUAUCAAAUUAAUUAUCAAUUUCAAUAUAUAUAUAUAUAUAGGUGCAGAUAUGAACUAAUUAUCAAAAUUUGCUUAGAAAAAAAAAAGACAACAAUUAUGUUGAAGAAGUAAGAAAUCAAAUCUAACCUAACAUAAAAUAUGUCCUAAAAAUCCAAAAACGCCAAAUUAUAUACAUAUACCUUAUAGUAAUAACUUAUUAGGUUUUAUACAUUUGAAUUUGUAAUUUAAAAACUGUCAUAUUACCUAUGCUAAUGUGUAUACAUUCGGUAUUCAGGAGACGUAUGAAAACUGUUAUAUUUUCUUUAAUAUAUUAUUUUUCUAAAAUAUAUUAACAAUUCGAUGUAUACAAUAGCGAGAAAUUAUGGUUUCACUUUUGAUAGCCAAAAACCAAAUGUAAAAAUUUGAGCAGGGUAAAAAAAAAAAAAAUCAAAUGCUGAUACUGCUAAUAGGUGUGCCACUGUUGUAGGUAGGAAGUUGAGAAGGGAUAGGAUAGUUAUAUUUAGUUUAUAUUUGUACGCAAAGAUACACUAUUAUUAACGAAAUGGAAUGCAAUGGCGAAUACAAGAGAGGGUGACAUGGAUGCCCCCCUCUCUUGGUCAUGUUUUUUUAUUUUUAUGUAAUUCUUAUUUUUUUAAAUUUUUUUUACAUACUGUAUAUUUUUUUUAAAUAAAAUCUAUCCCCCUAAAACAACUCCUGGUUUCACCAAUUUUUAUUAAAAUUUAAACUUUAAGCCCUUAAAAAAUAUUUACUACAUUAUGGUGAACUUUUUUUUUUCCACUAAUUACAACUCAUGAAUAAUCUUGUAUUCAAUUUUCGAAUAUUUUCGCUGGGUCAAAACAAUCAUAAUCACAUAAAACGAAAUAAAGUCCUUGAAAAUACUCGAAAAUGUCAAAUGACUAUAAAAAACUGAACAAAUUAAUAGAAUGUUAUGAAAAUUGUACCAUAUCUGUCAAUAACAGUAAGUCUAUAAACUGUAUAAUUAUUCGGUGUAUUUUCCACCAAAUAAACAAAAUAGAAUAUAACAGAAACCGUUACUAUGUAAAUAUAAAUGUUGAAAGUUUUCCGGACGUUUUUUCUAGGGUGUUUCUCGUAAUUAAAAAAAAAAACAAAUACAUCAUAAAGUACUACAAAUAAAAUCAAAAAAUUUCUUCCUCGUUGUACCAACGAGACAAAAAUGUUUUACCAUAAACCUCGAAAGUUGAUGAUCAGUGUAAGAUUUCCGGUAUAAAAGUUUUUCACAUACAGAAAAAAUAACAAAAACACAUAAUACCAUAGUAGAAUCGUAAAUUAGAAUCUAAAAUAAACACUAUCUAUUAUGUUAGCCUAAAAACGUGUUAUGAACGUCUAUUUUUGGAAAUAAUUAAUUACUGAAUCAUAUUCAAAAAUUGGCCGAGGGCAAAGUCUUCUACGUGUGAGACUGACUUCAAUAAUUGCAAGGAACGCUAAUUUUUGAAGUUGUGUAUUACCUUUUAUUUAUUUUUUUUCAUUCUAAGCACUACUUAUUAUGAACUUCAUAUUAAAUUAUCAAACAUUUCUGUUCGGUUAAAAAUUUUUAAUUACAUGAAAUCAAUUUGACCACGUCUAAUAAAGGCUAAUUCAGCGGUUGCCACUUAAUAGACUCACUUUGGAACCAGGCCAUUUGAAUCCAUUAACUGAAUGAGUCAAUAAGCACUAAAAAAAAUAAUAGAAAAAUUUAAAUAAAUUUAAAAUAUUUAUUGAGAUUUCAGCUUAUACUAUGCACAUUAAUAUGUAUAUGAAAUUGAUAUAUAACGUAAUAUAAAUGAGCAUAGAAAUAAUACAAUUUAUGUUUAUGUCUAAUAAAAUUACGUACAAAGAAAAUUGUGUAUGUUUACCGUACUAACAUUGACGACUGUGUGAUUUAUUAUGAAAAAAAAAUUUAAUCUCCACGAUAAGAGUAAAAUACCGGUACUCUUUUUAUAAAUGUAUAUUGUAUAUAGGUAUUUUAUUUAUUUAUCUUAUUUUUAAAUGACCCCAUUAUCCGGUGUAAUGAGUCUAAUAGAAAAAAUGUUUUCUGUAUGUUAGUGUACGUGUGAAUCGAGACCAGCCACUUUAAGGUAAAUUAGCGAAUAAGUCAGUUAACCGCGAGUCCAGUUAGCGGUUUCUAUUGUAUAGGUACUCUGAGAAUUUCAACCUAUAAAUAAAAAUCGAAAAUAAUGAAAAUGUGAAUGUCGUAAACCUUCCCGUUUUUCCAAGUUUAUUUCGGUUAUACCAAAUUGUUCAGAAAAAGACGUCCUAGGAUAAUGGGGAUGGGGGAAGCCACUGUUGUAUGGAAUUUAAUGUUGUAUAUCUGUAAACAACAAUAAAUCAUUACUAACGAAAAAACGAUUCUGAGCGGAGUUAAAUUGACAGUGAUACUUUAUCAACAAUAUAUAUUAUGUUAUAUUAUAGCAAAAUAAUUAAAUAGGCCUUAUAGAUUUUCUUUAAUAAUAUUUGUUUAAUGUUUUACCAAUUUUUUACAUUUUUCCCGAUUUUCCUAUGGUUUUCCCUCCUAAAAUGAUCCCUCUAAAGCAGCGGUUCUCAACCUUUUUAUAGUCGCGUACCACCUACACCACUUGAAAAUUUCUACGUACCACCUGACCAUUUUUUUGCUUAUUAAUAAUGUAUACGUUUAUGUUACAUGUAUAGAAUUUUAUUUUAUUAGGAAUUACAAAAUGAGAUAAUAUAAAAUAAAUAUGUAUAUAUAAUAAACUAUAAAGUAAUUAAUGCACAAAAAGAAAUUAAAUUAAAUCAAAUUAAAUAUGUAAAAUUAUUAUAAUUAUUAUGGUUUACUUUUUACUUCAAUGAGACGAUUGGUGUUGUUUUGAACGAACGAUGACAUCAAUAUCGGGCUCCAAAUUGGUAACUUUAAGUCUUAAAUCACUUUCUACGUUUAAUCUACUUCUAUAUUUAUUUUUUAUGUACAAUAAGUCAGAAAAUGUUUUUUCGCACAGAUAUGUUGAUACAAAAGGGAUUAAAAACUGUAAAGCUUGUGUGGACAAUGCCGAGUAUUCUUUUUUCACGUCCAGCCAAAAAUUAGUGAUAUUUUUGUUAUUGAAAGCGGUUUUUAGGGUAGAGUCACUGGUUAAGUCAAUAAAUAAUUCUUUUGCCAAAAUGCCAUCUGGAAUAUUCUUAAUAUAAUCAUCUACGAAAGGGUUUAUGAUCCAUUUCAUUUCUGAGUUAUCCUCAGGGAAAUAUUGUAAAACAUUGGAUUUUAGUGAUUGUAGGUGUUCCGAAAUGUCUGUAAUUAUAUUUGAAUUUGGCUGAACUUCGUUAUCGUUCCAAAAUGUGUUAAGUGUCUCGAAUGCUGAAAGAUCAUUCUUAGAUACUUGCGAAAUAAAUAAAUCCAACUUUCUCACAAAUGCAUUAACUUUAUCACUAGUAUAAAACAUGUUUGUGUUUGAUCCUUGCAGACUUAAAUUUAAAAUAUUUAAACGGUCAAAUAUGUCAGCCAUGUAAGCNCAUGUCAUCAAUUCUUCUUUUGACUGUAUCGUUUGAAAGUGACACUUUUUCUAUCUCUUUUGCAGCCUUGUCUCCAAGAACACAUCGCACGAUUUCUUUUGCUGCUGGCAACACUAAUGUUUCCCCAAUUGUGUGUGGUUUUCCAUCUUUAGCAAUAAUUAAACUUGCUAAAUAAGAUGCUUUAACGAUAUUUUCAUUAAAGUUCGUAAAACUAGACAUGCAUUUCGAUUCCUUUCGGAAAAUAGUAACUUUUCUCUGAAAAAAUUCAAUAGGUUUAUUUUCUGUUUCUGGAUGCUUCGAUAAUUGGUGGCGCUUAAGUAGCGAUGGCUUCAUGCUUUGAUUCGAAAGUGUUUCUUGACAAAUUACACAUUGAGGUAACGGAGUAGAAUUCUCAGAACCAAAUUUUACAACGAAUCCAAAUUGUAAGUAACUAUCGUCAUAUUUACGAUUCGCCUGUGUUUUCUGUUUUUUAGUAUUUGAGCUUCCGCUUUCGAAAAAUCUUUUCAUUUUACUUAAUUUUAUAUCACAAAAAAGUUAGAAAAAACUACAUAAAAAUGUAAAAUUUUAAUAUAAAAUAAACUUGAUGCAAACAAUUCGUAUGACACUCGUGAAUAAACUGAAAGAACUCACGAAACUAAGGUAAAAACGCAUUAUUGUGAAUUAAGAAUACGCUUUAUCGGGUAUAUUUGAUAAAGUUUAUCGAUUUAUAUUAUAUAUAUAUAGAAUAUCGCUAUCUUAAUUGCUACGAUUACAAACGACUUCCACACCAUCAAAUAAACCAAAUAAUAUUUAAUGAUUCAUUCCAAAUUUUUUUAUAAAGAGAAAUUUUCUUCGCGUACCACCUAUGAGCUUUUCGCGUACCACUAGUGGUACGCGUACCAUAGGUUGAGAACCGCUGCUCUAAAGUAUCUCCGCACACCGAUUUUUUUCAGAAAAGGUGCUACAUUUAAAAAUCUGAGUAAGAUUUCUGGUAGAAAAGUUGCGCACAGAUAGACAAGUAAAAUAAAAAAAUAAACAUCUUUGUAAAACCAUAAACUUUUCUUCGCCCCGCUUAGAAUCUAAAAUACAUAAAAAAUGAUAAAAAGACUAUUGACAUACCCAAUAAAAAACAUUUUCUUUCAGGAAAAAUGCUACAGUUGAAAUUCGGAGCAAGAUCGCUGGUAGAAAAACAAAAUCAAAAUUUAAAAAAAAUAAUGAAACUUAAUACCGUAAAUAUAUCAGCAUAUUCUAUACGAUUUUUUUUUCAAAGUAUUAUCAAAACUACAUGAAAAAUGAAAAAAAUAUCCUGGCCAAUGCACCAACUAAAUCCAAAAAUCUACAAAAUAAGUUCUUAUGUCGUUUUUUAAUUCGAGUAAGAUUUCUGAUGGAAAUGUUCACAGACAUAAAAAAAUAUGCUCAUUAUCUUGGUACAACCAAUACAUUUCUCGAUGCGAAACUAAUAAAUAUAAUGUAGGUCCACAUAAAAUAAAAAUAAUCUAUGAAAUUACGUAAGAUAAGUUAUUAUUUAAAAAAGAAACGUUGAAUUUUUAUCUUGUUUGGAGAAAGAUUAGGGGAAGAGGGUUCGGAAAAACCCCUUUCGGUUGUAAUUAAUAAUUGUUAUUUUUUAUUCGUUAGUAUUAUUAUGACCUGUCACAGAGACAAAAUUAUACAAUUAUAUAAAAUUAAUUUUUUUUUAGGAGUACUUACUGGGAGAUAAAAAAUUGUCCAUUGUACCUGUGGCAUUUUCGUUAAUGGCUAGUUUUAUGUGUGCCACGUCGAUAUUUGGUUUGAGCAGUGAAAAUUACUUAAGAGGAACACAGUUUAUGGUUAUCAAUCUGUCGAAUAUUAUCGCUACUCCGAUUGUCGCCUAUGUUUUCUUACCGGUAUUCUAUAAUCUAGGAUACCUGUCGGUUUAUCAGGUAAAUAUGUAAUAAUAUAAUAUCAAGUAAAAGUUUUAUUUACAUUUUAUAUAAUUUAUAUUAUGCCUAAAACCAAUUGAAUCUAUAAUAUUAUAAUAAUAAUAAUCUAUAAUAUUAUCUUUUCUCUACCCAUAACGACUUCAUUUAGUUUCUUGUACGAUUUCUUCCAUGUAUCCAACACAUAAAAUAAGGAAUAUAUAGUGAGACAUUACCGUAUACUGUUAUGUGUAAAGAAGUGACUCUAAGCGUUUUCCAUCUAAAUGGUUUAAGCGUUUUCCAUUUAGAUGGAAAACGCUUAGAGUCACAAAUUGAAAAGCAUUAAACAAUAAGUAGUAAGUACAAUAACAAUAAGUAAUGAUACAAUUAUGAUCAAAUUAUUGUAACAUUACUCAAUCUGAUCACUGAUAAGGAAGCUUUAUCUUGCUUUACAAUUUUUAAAAUGUUAUCGUUAUAAUUUAUAAUAAUAUGAAUAUUAAUUUAUAAUAUAAAUAUUUAAAGUAGUACCAACCAAAUGUAAAAAAUAAUUUAAUUUUUCUCAAAAUGGUCACACUAAACAUUUUCCAUUUAAAUACUUUACUUAUAGGUAUGUUUAGCCAUCCCGUGAUUCAAAAUAAUCUUGUUAUAUAAAUUACUGCCUCGGUAUUUCUCUCCUCGGUUUCCCCUAAAAUUUCUCUUCUAUUUUCGUAUCGUUAUAUCUACUCGUAUGCUUUAUUCCUUAUGGUGUAUGGUGUAUUUAUGUUUUAUCCAUUUAUUUAUUUCGCGAUUGUUUUCCAUAUUGGUCAACCAUAUUGUCCAAUGUUCAUUCUAUGUUACACCUGUUCAUUUAUGUUGAUAUUAUGUAUUUAUUACCCAGGAGAUUUGUAAUAACCCUCGGCAGCAUCAAGCUUCGAAUUUUCCUGUGAAUUUAAAUUCCUAAUAAAAUAUUAAAAUGCAUUAUAUGUUUUUGAAAAUAACAAUACAUCUAUGUAUUGUCACGCGUAGAAAAAAUUACCUACGAACACUAACGAAUUUUGUUAGUAUUGCACUCCGGAUUUCUUAUAGAAGAUUUACUAUUUUAUAACGGCGGCGAGAAUAGUGUAAAACAUCAAUAUCAUACUGUUUAUGUUGGACACAUUAUUGUUAUUAUUAUUAUUAUUUAUAAAGUAGUGAACAUUUUGCGAUUGUCGAAAAAUAAACAGCGUAAUAAUCCAAAUAUUUGAUUUAUUUUUUAAAUCACUUUUAUGUAUACCGAUACAUUUAAUUUAUUGCGUGUUUAUUCAAUUUAAUAUUUGUUUACGUGACAGACGAUGUAAUCAUCGUGCCCAUAAUUAUUGAUUCACGACACUAUCUUAAACACGAUUUGAGUUAUUUCGGUCUAGCUGGGUGGCCAAUUAUCUGUUUCCGUUGGAAUUCGUCUGUCCGAAUUGCAGUAUUACGCUGUGGGCGGCUCAUUUGUUUUAUAAAUUUCGUCCGAUUCGUACAUUAUUGAAAUACACAAUUUAAGGAAAUUUAUAUAGUCCCGAAAAAUAUCAAUUAUUGCAUGUGUCAUAAAAUUGGCAUAAUUGUUUCGAACGGAAUAAUAUUAUCUAAGUCCGUCGAUCGUCUAAGUUGAUAUGCAGUUUACACAGUGUUGUAUAAAGAUAUAAUUAUAUUAUAUAUAUAUAUAUAUAUAUAUAUAUAUAAACGAAGAUGAAAACUGUUACUCUGUUCAGAGAUAAAAAUAAUCAGCACAUUUUUGUCCAUAGAUAAAAAAAAAACUUUUCUUUUUCCAGAUUGUUCAAAACCUAACUAAAAUUUGUAUUAAAAAAUAUAAUAAUCCUGUCCGUUAUUAUUACAAUAUAAUAUAUGAGCAUUAUUCAAGCCCCUACCUCCAAAAAGGUAUCAAAUCUUCGUGUAUUUAUAGAAUACAACUACACUGUGAUACCUACCUGUAUUAUGCACUUACAAUACUGCAAUACCGGCAAAUCGAAAAAAAAUAAAAUACCUACGCUACAGCAAUAUUAUUAAGUCGGAUGAUUUCGGAAAACGAAAAAUUAAAAAAAAAUAAUAAUAACGUUAUCAUUGCAGUAUCUGGAAGAACGUUUCGGAAAAUCGAUCAGAAUCAUUGCGUCAGUGGCGUUCAGCGUGCAGACGAUUUUACGGACAGCCCUGAUGCUGUACGCUGUCUCGUUGGCUCUGAACGCGAUCGUCGGUGUUUCGCCGACCUUUUCGAUGGCGGCAGUCGGAAUCCUAUGUACGUUUUACUCGACGAUCGGCGGCAUAAAAGCCGUGAUCAUCACCGACUUGUUUCAGGUCAGCUCGACAAUAUAAUAUUUAAUAUUGUAAAACCUUUUGUAUAAUCCUCGUUAAUAAAAAAAAAACAAAAAAAAAAACGAGCUGAUAUUGCUGAAGAAUGCGCGGCGCUGUUGUUGUUGAGAAUUUUGGAAGACACACACAUAGAAAUGGUGUUGAGUUUACAAUAAAACGUGUCAUUAUUAAACACAUUUUAGUAUAGAUUUCCGACUGGAGUAAGCUUGGUAUCGAAAUAAUAUUGACAUAAUGUUAAUCAUAGUUGGGUAGAUCCAGCAAUUAUUGAGGGUUAAACCAGAAUUUAUUUGGAUUAAUUUAACUCAUUACAUGAUUUGACUGUAAUUAAAUGUUUUUUUAAUAACAUAUAAAUUAAUAAAUAUUACUUUCAAAAUCUUCUACAAAGCCAAUUUAACACUCGAUUUCUUUUUUUUCUGUUCUAACUUUGAUGGAUUAUUAAACUAUCGAAUAAAUUCAUUUACACACUAGUGUUACCUUAACUGUCUAAUGCACAUAACUUGAAAAAAAAACACACACGCAACAUACAGUAAAACCAAUGCGUCCCUCGCCACAUUCAGAAUUUAAAAGACAGAAACGUUGUACAAUAAAUGGAAAUCUCAAUAUAAUCAUAAAAUGGAAUUUCACAUCAUGUAUACUAAACUGUAUUAAAACCGAGUGCGAUGAAUAAUAUUUACAUAAUAUUUUCUCCGGGGUUUUUAAUAAGUCGACUAGGUAGGUAUCUAUUUUUUAGUCAAUGUGAGCAUGAUGAUAUUUUUGAAUUCCAAAAGUAUACAUAUGUAGCCGAGAAGCGGUUUUUCGUAUCACGGGUAACGACGCGAAUUUUUUAACACUCCCUAAACAAACGGUAGGUAACAUAAUGCUAUGUUUUUCUAGAUUAAAUGAAUAUCAGGCUCGAUAAUCAUGGAUUUGUUUUGUUUAUUAAAAGUUUUUUUUGAGAAAAGGUCAGAAAUUCCUGACUCUCUACCGUGUAGUUGUUGUGAUAUUAUCAUUUAAAUAUACCUACUAUAUAUAGUAGGCACAUGUUUUCCCAGUGACAGCGAAUUAUCAUAGUUAUGAAUUAUGAUAUUGCGAUGUCUAUUUAACAUUAUUUUGAUAUUAACAAAAGCCAUUCGUGAGAAUAUCACAGCGACCGAAACAAGCGUGUUUCAUGACUUAACGCUAUUAUAGAAAACUUCCAAUAGACAUUGUAUAAAAAAAAUAAAUAUUUUUACUUGUGGACUAUUUUUAUGUAGCGCGUUUCAUUUGGUCUGAAGUGGUAACAUGAAAUAUUUCGCAUUUUAUUUUUUCUUUUGUAGGAAGUUUUACCCCGAAAUACAUGUUUUGAGUCUAUUUUUUCAUAAUAUUUUAAUUUUGUAGCUGUACUGUGUUUUUCUCAGGAUUUUUAUCAACAAAUGGGAAAAAUGAGAAAAUGUACGGAAUAUGUAAGCAUUAGUUAAACAAUAUUUUGGCCUUUUUUUCCCCUGUGAACAACUUUUGCAUCAGCAAUUUUACUCUGAUUUACAUUGAUAGCACUUUUUCUAAAAGGAAAUCUGACUGGAAGGGAACUUUAAGGAGGUCAUUUUUUUAUUUUCCAAGGAUUUUUUUAUUAAUAAAUGGUAAAAAUCGGAAAAAAACGCAGGAAAAACGGGAAAAUAUAUACAAUUUACGUAUUCGUUAUAUAAUUAUUUAUAAAUUAAUUAUUGUGGGGUACUGUGAUACAUCACCUAUAGCGCCUUAUAAUUAAGUCCAUUAUGUUGUUAAAUGGAUAUAGAAAUGGGACACCAAAAUAAAUAAAUCGUAAAUACGUCUCUGACAUUACGUAAUAUACAUGAAAAAGGGAAGGCUGGAUAACAAUAAUAAUAUGUAUGUACUAUUUAUUAACCUAAUACAACAAAACUAUCUGUAAAAAAAUAACUUUGUUUUCACUACUAUUUAAUUAACAUUUGACCUACUCAACUCUGUAUAUACCACGUGAUAAUGAUAGUGAAGAAUUAAUUUAAAGACUUUUUUAUCGGGAAAACAAAUUAUAAUUAAUAAUUAUAAUAUUAUUAUAUUAUUAUAUAUAUAUAAUAAUACAUAUUCAUAAUAAUUAUAUAAUAUUCAUCAUGUAAUAAAAUACCAAAAAAAAAAAAAAAGUAAUUUUGCUAACUUAAAAAUCUAAAUUUUCGAGUUAGGAGGUGGCACUUGAAAAAAAAUGCCAUUUCGAUCGGUUCGUCCGGUUAAAAUAUUUAAUUUUAUCAUUUCCGUGGUACACAUUGAAUAUAUUUAAUCAGAAACGUAAUCAGGAUUUAUCAAUAGCUAGGGGUUUAUGGAGGCCUAGGAUUGUUUAGUAGUCUACAACCUUAACCUUAACCUGUAGCUAAAAAAACAGUGGGAGGAGGGUUCCAACACCCGAAAUCCCCUCUCCUGGCUAUGCCACAGUAUUUAAUAUAACAUAAACAUUAUUCAAGAAAGACCCCACAAAACAUAAUUAAAAAUAUAUUUAUUCGGCCUCCUCUUGGUUUCAGGGGUAAUUUGCUUAAUAAAACUUGUAUUUUUCUCCAUUUUGGAUUUAAACUGGGAUAUUUACUCAUUAACAAUAUAAUUACCAUUCUAAUAGUAUUUAUAUUACGAUUUAUAAUAGGUACGGGUACUGAAUAUACAAGUAUUAAUAUUAAUUCCGUUGAAAUAAUAUCUACGAAUUCGUUAUACACAAAAUGAAAUAACGGACGGCUUUUUUAUAAUUAAAUUACAGUAGUAAUUUGAUUUCCAGUUUUCGCUUGUCAGGGCCGCGGACGCUUUGUCAAAUUUACGUAGGCGGCUAAUAACAAUAAUAAUAAUUAUUAUUAUUAUUUACCUAAAUAUAGUUUCAUAAGUUAUAAUAUAAACGACCAUGAUCCAAUUAUUUAAGUACAAUAAUAUACCUUAAUUAAAGAUAUUAAACGAAUUUGAUGAAUCAAUUAAUUGAUUAUUUCUAUUAAUGCGCGUACAUAAUUAUAUUUUUUUAAAUUUUAAUUGAGUAAGUAAGUUACAAAAAAAAAAAUUAUUACAUAUAACUGCGCUGUAAACUAAAAGUCAUUAUUAAAUUCCUCGAGUAUUUUCCAGGGCAUAUUUUGGGAGUUUUAAUAUUAAAUAAUAUUUCAAGAUGAAACAACGUGAACAAUAGUUUAUAACGAAAUCUUUGAAAUAACUCACAGAAACUAUUUUUGUAUAUAAAUAAUAAAAUAUUGCAUUUCGUCCUAAUAUCAAAUUUCUUUAAAGUUGAUUCUCAAUAAUGAGAGAAAGAAAAACUAAAAAAAAUAAUAAUAAUAAUAAGGUAGGUAUUAAUACAAGGGAGACAAUAAUUAAUAGUCUUCUAUAGUUUUUGUCACGAAGUCUAAAUUACAUUUUUAGAAUAUCAUUCUGAAAAUGGUUUACAAUUAUUUGCAAAGUUUAAGGACGAUUUAACAAGCAAUUCCUGGAUUCACUUUCCUAAUGACUUGACAUUCCAAGUUAUAUUAAUACCUGCAGUCUGUUAACUGGUGAUUAAUUUGAUUCAAAAGUUUGUUGUGGCGUUCUCCAGCUACACUAGGUAACAAAUUACUUUUUGUUUUAUGCAGAUACAAUUAACUGCAGUGGAUUUACAAUCGACAAAAAAAAGUUCAGUAAAAAAUGUAUUUUUUUAGAAAAGAUAAAAUGUUUUAGUUUGCUUAAAUAUUUACAUAUAGUAGGGUGGAACAAGAUUUUUUUUCGUCCUUUUUGUGAUAUUAUGUUCGACUGGGUAAAAAAUAAUCAUCUCAAAUUUUCAAAUUUAUAAAAUGGUUUCUGGAGAUCAAGAGAUAAAUGGUUGUUUUAUUAGUUUUAUUUUUUUAGUGUCUAAUUCAUACUAAUUUCUCAGCAAAAAUAAAGAAACGAAAAAAUAUGCAAUGAUGUUAAAAGAAAAAUAUACACUUUUUUAGUUCUUUAAAAUUAAAUUGUUGAAAUUAUCGAAAGUUUUGAAGGAUAAAUUCAUUAGAGGUUUCAAUAAUUAUAUUUUAUACGAACUAAAUAAUGGCUCUUAUCAGUUUUUUUUUCUUGUUUGUAUUUUUGUAUUUUUUUUUUUUUUUUGAGAUAAAAUAAGUAUUUAGACUGUAAAAAAUAAAAACUACUAAAAAGCUAUUUUUGAUUAAUUAAUGCUCGUGAGUUCUAGAAACCAUUUUAAAGAUCUGAAAAUGAAAUUAAAAAAAUCUUGGUUGAUUUUAAUGUAUCCGCAUUGACUUAAAUUGGUAAAAAUUGGUAUACAUUGACUUUAAAUUUUGAAAUUCAAUAAUACUCAUACAAAAUCACUAUAAUUUUCUAGUUUUCUAUCGCAUCAAAUAUAACCGCAGCGAUAGACCCACGAUUUUUCAAUGAGGAGUGAUGUAGUAAAUAAAAAUCUUGGUUCAUGACUAAGUCGUAGUAUAUUCUUCUGUUAUACCUUAACGUAAUCUGACCAUGAGAAUUUAAAAGUCGGAUCCAAAAAAGUAUAUAUGUAUUCAACUUAUCAAACUUUUUUCUUUGCAGCUUGGCUGAAAUAUACCAUAAAGAUAAAAUUACUAAAUAAAUAGCCAUAGUUAUCGUAUUUUUAUCCAAUGUGGGGGGAGAGUAAAUAUAGCCCUUAACCUUAUUCUACAUUCACCACCGGCAAUAGUUUAUAUUAUACUAAAAUUAUACGUCGUUUACAGAGUUACAAAAUGAAUGAUGUUCAAUUUUUACACCUAAAUAAACGACGCAACCUUUGUUGGAUAAAAUUGUGAGAAAUAAACGAUAAAAUAUUUAAUGAUCAUCUCGACUCGCGUGCAAAAAAAAAAAAUUAAAAGAAAAAGCCGGAAGCAAUAUUAAAUGAGAUCGUCUGUUGUACCGUUUUACAUAUUUUAUUUUACGAGUUUACUGACUCAGCAUUUUUUGUAUGUGCGGUAUUAAAUAUUAACAGGGUGGACACCGAAAAACGACGAUUCGCCGUUUGGAAAAAAUUAAAAUAAAAUAUGCUCCAGGUUUUUAAAUUAGAUAACGUUUUUGUUUUUUUAAUAUAGGACUGAAGUAAAUAUAAUACGAUCAUAUCGAAUAGCCAACAACUUCUAUAAUACUAAAAGAGUAAAAAAUAAAACCAGACACGUUUUAUCUUUGUACCUAUACUUUGUUAUUACUAUGAAAUUUGGUAUUUUGUAAAAAUGUAAGAUAAUUGAAAAUCAUCACCCAAAACCUGUAUUCCGUCAUCCCCGUUAGAGUAACAGUAACAUUUUUUAUCUCUGUCAUAACUUUCAUAUUAUACAACAAAAAUGUGUUUUUAUAAUAUCAAUAUGUAUCAACAAAUAUCCCCAUGAAAGUAUAGCAAAUGUUAUUGUCUUUAAUUUGAUGAAAUAAUUUUUGUUUUAGGUUUAUUAGAUCCUGGGUACUAUUGGUAGUAUGAAAACACAUUUUUGGUAUAUUGCCCAUUGCAUAAACAGAGACGCCUCAUGUUACUGUGAACAUCCUCUUAAUAAUGGGCUACAAUUUUAUUACAGAGAGACUAUAAUACUAUGAUAAUCAUUAGCUGUCCUAUUUUCAAUUUUAGUCAUUGCUCAUGUUUGCGUCUGUUUUCGCCGUUAUCGGAGCGGCCGCGUACGAAGUCGGUGGUUUGAUGGAAAUCUGGACAAUUGCUUACGAUUACGGGCGCGUAGAAUUUUUCAAGUAAAGUUUUCGGACGGCGGUGAAGGCUAGGUCGUAUAUUAUAGGUAUAUCAUCGUUUAAACGUGCGGAUUGUUCGACAGUUUUCAGAUCGACCCGACAAUCAGACACACUUGGUGGACACUGAUUUUGGGCGGCAUGUUUACGUACGUGUCAGUUUACGCCACCAACCAGGUGCAGGUGCAACGUUAUCUGACCAUGAAGGACUACAAUACCGUGGUCAAGACCCUGUGGAUCUCUUGGCCGAUUACCGCGUUCCUGUCAUUGGCCAUGUGUUUCUCGGGCUUAGCAAUUUUCUCCAAGUACCGGGACUGCGACCCGAUCAAGUUGGUAUCCCAGUUCCAUAUACUCAACUCCCCUUCUUUUAUCACGACGACGUUUAUAAUACGUGUUUGUUGUACGUCAUAUACAGAGCGGGCCGGAUAACCAGUGGAGACCAGCUGAUGCCCCUAUUCGUGGUAGACACGAUGGGACGCACGCCCGGACUGACAGGCCUGUUUUUGGCCGGCGUUUGCUCGUCCGCAUUGUGCUCAGUGUCCGCGGCUCUUAACUCGCUGGCCGCCGUCACACUAGAGGAUUAUAUCAAAGUAUGUAAUAUACAUGUAAAAAAUCAAUUUAAAAAAAACUAUGACUUUACCGUGUUUUCCUGCCCAUUCCUCCCCAUAUUGUGCUAUUAGGAUUUUUAUUCACGCAACAUAUUUAUCUACAAAAUAUGACGGUUCAAAAUAUAGUAUGUGCAGUACACUGAGUUUGGUUGACAUUUCUCCGGGUGUAUUGCUCGCCGUCAGAUGUGACAAUAAGUGACAACCAAAAUUAAAUUCGUUUCUUUAUCGCGCAACCAAAAGAAUUCAAAAAUUGAAAAAUACAAACAAAAAAUAUUUAAAAUUCCGGCGUGAGAUCUGCGCAUCGAUAAACAAAUUGAAAUUAAAAAAAUUUAGUUUCGAAAUUUCGCCGUUCGUGUCUGUUUAUCUCAAAAAUGUCAAAUCUAUGCAUCCUAUCAUAUAUACAUUUGAUUUUAUACCUAACGUACACGAAAUCAUUCUCUUUUAUCAAAUUAAAUAAUAUAAUAAAACGUUAUGAUGACGUUGUAAAAUCACGGCGACAAAAAUGAUAGCAUCUCGUGCACUUAUAUAUAACCCACUGCACGUGAAUGCCAUUCAAUAUUAUAUUUAUAACAUAGCUUCUUCCAUUAAUAAAAACCGGGGUUCGUUACUUAUAGUUUUAAAAAAAAAUGUUAUUAUUAAUAAACAAAAUGAUAUAUUAUACUCUUAAAAACAAUCAUACAAGCACUUGAAUUUAAACAACAAAUAUAUGUCGAAAAAGUUUAGUGAAUGUGACAAAAAAAACAAAUUAACCUAGUUAUUUUUCGGAAUGGCAAUAAAUAACGCUAAAAAUAAAAAAGUAUCAAAGUAGUUACGGAAUUCCGAAGUAUACAAAAAAUGUCAAAUUUUACUAUUUGGUUAUCUCUGAAGCAAAUAUAUAACCAUAUGUGCAACUAGACCAAUAUUUUUGGGGGCGCACAAAUUGCAAAGAUCUCACAAAUAAUAAAAUAACUAGGUGAGUACGUAUAUGUGACUAAUUCUGUACAAAUAUUAGAUAAAUAUUAUUUAUUUCUGUUACACAAUAUUUGUUUAUAACCGGGAACAUAAUUGAUGGGUACCUAUUUUUCUUAAUAUACAGUAUUUUUUUGGGGACGCGCAAAUCUCCUGGGCAUUCACUCAGUUGCGUCUAUGCGCAUAGCCUAUAUAAAUGUCUCUAUAAGACCUUGCAAAACAAACAUGCAAAUGUUACGACAGUCGUGAGCCUUGAUAAUAGCCUAUAGAGGCACCAAUAUUUUAUUAUAUGAUAAUAUUUUUCAAAAUUUGUCCUCGCGUACAUAAUUAUAACAAUAUACGUAUAAUGUAGCCGCUGACGAGCUCCGAUAUGGCCGACCAAAGACGUGUCAUGUGGCUCAAAUUCCUGGUAAUCGUCUACGGGACCCUAUCGGUGUCGUUGGCUUCCUGCGCCCAUUACGUGGGACCGUUGUUACAAGCUUCGAUGACCAUUUUAGCAAUUAUCGGCGGACCCAUAUUGGCGGUGUUUACCCUGGGCAUACUCCUACCGUACGUAAACCGAAAGGUAGGGUUCGUAUAACAAUAAUAAUAUACGUUUAUUGCCUUUGCACGCCGCAAAGGCCGUUGUAUAUUGCUACUCGUCGUUUUUGCGUGCAAAUAAUUAAUAAUCCCCCGUUCGCCGCCGCAGGGUACCACGAUCGGCUUGCUCGUCGGACUCGCGUGUUCGUUCGCUUUGGGACUAGGAGGGCCGAAACCGCCGGUCAAAGAUUUGCCCACCUAUACGAACGGAUGUUUGUCGAACUCGUUUGACGGUGGCCGCCAUUAUUACAGCUCGAUCGACAAUGACCACCUGGUGUCAUUGUGAGUAUUAUUAUUAUGAUUACUAUUGUUUUUAUUGUUAUUAUAACGUUUACGUUUGGCUAAAUGACUACAUGUAUACCGCAUUAAAAAUAAUAUUGAACCGUUUUUGCGCGCGCAGCAGACUGAACCACCAAACGUUCUGCGAUUGACCGUCAAUAUUUUCGACGAGAGUCGAAAAUUGCCGGUUCUGUGGGUUUUUUCUGCUAUUUUUGUUUAAAAGUGCACGUAUUUCACGUACUUUCGAAAGGAGCGUGCAUUGCAUAUUUGCAUCUUAAGCGUUGGCGGUUGGCGGAGACAGUCUAACGGCGGGGAUAUGCGCGACUGCGACGAGUUUUCGUCGUUCGAGUGGUUCGAUCUCAUUUUGAAUAGAAAAUAAGCAUGCUGACAUUAUUACGAUGUAUUUUGAAUACGAUCUGCGAAUUUCGAUUAACGCCGUCAUGUAAAUAUUAAAAUUUAAUAACUAAAAAUUCCGCCGACAUUAAUUUUUUUCGCCAAAUUUCUAUGCGAAUACUAAUAGUUAUAGGUACUUUUACUUAAAUACCCUCAACCGCGGUAAGAAUAUUUCAUUGAUUACUUAAUGAUAAAAUCGCUGGCAGCGAAACCCGCGCAUCACAAAGUUGGUAUAAUACCUAUAGUUAUUUAGCCAAGCGUUUAUACGUAGGUAUACAUUAUAAUAUAAAACGUCACAAACGAGGUUUGAAAGUUUUGAGCGAUUAAAGUUUAAAAUACACUUGUCAGGGGAUGUAGUAAGUACAAGUUAGUAUAUAAGUAAACUGAUUCGUUAUUCAAAAAGGGUAAGUUUACACCGAGUAAAUAAAUUCCCUCCGGCUGUUUUGAUUACGACUACAACGCACGUUAGUACACGUACACGUAAUAUAAUUUAAAUCGUUUAAAAUUCCUUACAAAUACGAACCCGCGAUUAAAUAAUAAAUAUUGUUGUUUCAGGGCUCUCGGAGGCAGCGGCGACGGUGAUUACGUGUAUUUGUACAGGAUCAGUUACAUGUACUACAUAGUCUUUGGGUUUGCGGUGACCGUACUGGUGACCACUGUCAUGAGUUUAUUCUUCGAGUCCGACGUGGAAAAUCUCAAUCCGAAACUGUUUUGCGAGUUCGUGUCGUUUAAAGUGGAAGACCGGGUAAGGGAAUCGCGCAAAAAAAAUUCGACCGCUUCCAAAAUGGUAACGUUUUCGAUAGAUUUGCCGAAUUAAUAAAAUAUUUAGUCGUCCGCGAAUUCGGUAAUAAAUUGUAAUUAUUUCUAAGCCGAUGAACUAUAAUAACAUCCCCUGUAUAACGUUAUAAAUUAUCAUAGUUAAGUCGAGAAUAUUAAUGUUUCUUUUUUUAUAUAAAAUAUUAUAAACUCGUGGCGCAAUAUUUUAUAUUUUAUAUGUAUUUUUUUUUUCUAGUAUCAAUUUAUAUUUUAAACAAUAAACGAACAAUUCAAUAGAGUCAAAAAAACAAAAAAAUUAUAAAAUAAUAAUAAUAAUAAUUAAAUUUCCAACAUAAUAGUUUAUAAUGUAAUCGCUAUGUUAAAUUCGGGACACUAUUAUAGGUAACUCCUCUAUGUUAACUAUACGGUCAUUUAGAGAAGCAGUUUUAGGUGUUCACCACUAUUUUUUUUCCCCAGAAAGCGAUUCGAAUCGAACUGUAUUGAGGUUAUAUUUAAGUGUCUAUAAAAUAUUGUCAAAAAUUUAAACAAUUUACGGUUUUUUUUUUUUUAUAUUUACUUUUUAUGUUUGUGAACAAAUAGCAAAUAAUUGCUUUGUUUUAAUACUUAUUAUUUAUUUUGGUUAAUUAAAAUUAAUGAUUAUUUGUAUACCCAAAAGUCGCGGCAUUAUUGAACAAUGAAAGUAGCAAAUAAAAUAAGUAUUAAAACUGUCUUUCUAAGCGGCCACAUUGAUAGCUCAGUGACUUAGUGAACUUAAUUAACAUUUAAUAUCUUUUUUUUUUUUUAUAUAUUUAUUAAAUAAUUUUGAUGGUAAAAUAUUAUACAUUAUGUAUUUUCAACACAUACCAUUGCAUGUGUUAAAAAUGUUUGUCUGAAAUUUGAUAAAAAUAUUUAUAAUUUUUCAAAAAAUAAACUAAACGUUAUACAUAAUACACUAAUAUUAUUAUUAUGCGUGUUUAUAAUAAUAUGAUUUUGUUUAUAUGUAUGUAUUGAUUAGUAAAACAUUUUUUAAAUUUUUUUUUGGCUUUUGUAUAAAAAUAUUGUAAUAUUAUUGUGUCGUAAAAAAGAAUAUUCAUAUUAUUUAUAUCCAUGCUCCUAUAACUACAUUACCAAUACGCAAUAAGUCCGGCUAAACUGGCUGGAGCCUUUGGCAGCAAUUUCAGAGUGUAAAAUAUUUUUGGAGUAUUUAUUUUAUUCGUUUUAGGUAAAAAUAAAAUAAAAUAAUUUAAAAAAAAAGAGCUAAUACUGCUGAAUGGUGUUCAACCGUUGUAGUCGGGAAGUUGGGAAGGUAGGGCGCAUAAAGUUAUUUGAUUUAUAUCUGUAUUCAACAAUAAAUCAUUGCAAGUGAAAUACGAUUCUAAGCAAAGUUCAGUAAAACAUAUUUUAAAAUAUCAUGAUUUUUACAUUUUUCGUCAAAACUUGAACUUAAAUGCUUUUAAAAAAAAAAAAACUAUCGCAUAACGCUCAAUUUUUUUUUUUUUUUGAUCACUACGGCUUAUGAUGAACCUCUUAUUAAAUUCUCAAAUGUUUCGGCCAAAAUAAUUUUAUUUUUUGAAUGAAACCAAAAAAAUGAAACAGUGUAAAAUGUUUAUUAAUAGCUCAAAAAUGUACAGAAUGUGUUUAAUAUUUUACCACUCCUUGAAAACCUUAAUAAAAAAAUUAUAUGAAAAUUUCAGGUUUGAUUCGAAUAUGUUGUUUUUUAAAAAAAAAAUAAUACUGAUAUAUUCAUAAUAUCUCAAUAUGAUGUAUUUAAAGACCUUUAAAGUACAGUAUUAUAUUUUAGUUCAACAAACAUAUUCAGACAAAUAAAUUCAUUCCUAUGUUACAUUUUUAACCCAAUUUAGAUUUGGCAUGUGGCGAGGGAUCUAUUGGUUUUAUUAUGAUGAGUAUUUUCGUAUUUAUUUUUUCUUAAAAAAAUGACAAAAAAUCGAUUUUUUCCUUUUAAUAUUUCGCGGCUUACAGAGCAAGUUGUUCUUCGCUACAAAGUAGUUUUCUUAAUAAUUGGGUAAAACCAAAAAAUUAAAAUUGAUUGAUUGACAAUAAUGGGAUGUUCAUUAUAAGUUGUACUUAGUGGUCGACAAGAAUAAGUUGAGUUUAAUGUAAUAUAUUUUUUUUUUAUAACAAUUUCAAUAUCAAAUUUUAAUAAAAAUCGUGAAUAUUACGGAAAAAUAUGUAGGUCUGAACUUCAAAUCGUUUUUCGUUAUUGAUGGUUUAUCGUUGGUUACAGGUAUAAAUUAAAUAACUUUAUGUAUCUAAGUUUCCUCACUACCCACCUAAAAUAGUGACCGCACCCGUCCCCAGUAUUAACUCUUUUUUUUUUGUUUUUGGGCUCUUGAACAAUAAUUUUUGCUGAACCAUCGUUUACGCAAUUUUUUUUAUUGGGACUCGAAAUUAUACCGUCUAUAAAGUUUUUAUGUGAUUCCAUUUUUUGCUAAUUUUUCGCUUCCUAUAAUUAACAUAACGUGAAUGAACAUUAUUAUGUGCAAGUAUAAGCGCAAAUAGAGGAUAUUAUGUCAGGUGUGCUAAACCUAUCCAGUUUUGUCCGUAUAGCCCAUCCAGUUUGUUAAAAUGGAAAUUGAUUUUUUAACAAAAUUCUAAUAUUUUGUUUCCUGAAUAAUGAUAAAUAGGUAAACUGUAAAAUAAUUUUAUUAUCAUCUUAUCAUAACAUUAUUUUUGCUCUUUAGCGAUAAUAAAUCGAAUUAAAUCCGGUAUAAAAAAAAAAAAACGGCGUGGUGUGAGAUCACUGUUACCAUAUAAAUGUAUCCCGCCCACAAAUAUAGUUCUAGUUAGUGUACAUAGGGCACAAGUAUAGAAAGUGACGAGUGAGAUUAAAUCAGUUUAUUUUUGGGAUAUUUCAAUUGUGGAACGAAAUAACUAUAGGAAACCUGCAAUAUUAAUGGUACGAAACCAUUAAUAAUGAACGGUGUAGUUGGAUAAAACGAACCAACACGAAUAGUUGCAAAAAGCCAAUACAUAUACCGUUACUCGUUUUGAUUGAAAUUAUUUAAACUGCCUACCUAUAGUAAUAUUAUGCACGUAUAAUAAUUUAGGAGCGGAAAAACCAAAUAGAUACAAAUGGUAAUUGCAAUGUUAAAUAAUUACAGGUUGUGCAAACAAUAUGACGUGACUAUGGCAAAUAACUGCAGUGGAACAGGAACGCGAAAAAA